AUGAAUCUCUUUCUUUGCCUCCUCCUUAUCCCAAUUGUUCUCCUAACAAUUCGAGUCAGAAGUAUCGGUUCAGCUUUCUCUUCUACCUACUACCGCGCCAAGUCCUUUAUUAAUGAUAUCUCUGGAAAGAUGCACUCCUCUACCAUCUCCGACUCACCAGAGCUCGAGAGCAACAAGCCAAACGAGAACAAUGACCGCGUCCCCCCUAAUGGAGGAGCAAGAGCCUGGGCUUGUGUGGCUGGCUCGUUCUUGUUGCAGUUUUGCUCCGUUGGUUACGUCAACGCAUGCGGCAUGUUUCAGUUGUACUACUCGGAAGUCAUGUUCAAGGACCAGUCGUCAUCAGCCUUGGCUUGGAUCACCACUCUUCAGAUCUUCAUGCUCUUCAUGUUCGGCCCCGCUGUUGGCAAGAUGAUCGACGUCUAUGGCUGCCGCAAGACACUACUGCCCUUCAGUAUCAUGGCUGUUUUCUCCGUCUGCAUGCUGAGCAUUUGCACAAAGUACUGGCAAGUUAUGCUUACCCAGGGUGUCACCUUUGGUCUGGCCGCUGCUGGUCUGUCUCUUCCUGCCAUGGCAACAGCCACUCAAUGGUUCUCGACAAAGAAGGGCUUGGCUGUCGGUAUUGUUUCCGCUGGGAGCAGUUUAGGCGGCGUGAUAUACCCCUGCAUGAUCCCUAGACUCAUUGAAGAAGUCGGCUUUGCGACUGCCGUUCGUUGGACUGCACUCUUGCAAGGAAUCCUCUUAGUCAUCGCCAAUGCUCUCUGCACUUCCCCUUUCCCACCUCCCGGCAUAGUCUCGCGACCAGCCAAGAAAGAGAAAGAGAACGUUCCCAGCGGUGGAAUCAACGGAUUCAAGAGAGGACCUUGGGUGUUCUUCAUCCUAGGCUGCUUCUUCACCAUGUGGGGUCUCUUCGCACCCCUGAACUACCUCCCGGAGAUGGCCUCACUUCAUGGAUACAAAGGCUUCGCUGUGUAUACCUUAGCCAUCGCCAACGCCGGUUCACUAUUUGGUCGAGUCGUGCCUGGUUGGAUCAGUGACAAGAUCGGCCACUUCAACACCAUGGUCAUGGUGACUGGUUUCUCUGGAGCUCUCGUCCUGGCUUUUUGGCUUCCCCUCGAGUUUCACACCUCUAAAGGUGGCAUCAUCGUCUUCGCCCUGCUCUUUGGGUUCGCCAGCGGCGGUUUCGUCAGUCUGGGCCCUCCAUGCGUUGUUUCCCUUGCCGAAGACCGGGUUGAUGAGAUCGGGUUCAAGCUGGGAGGCUUUUGUCUGGCCAUUGCCCUGGGCGCUCUGACUGGGCUCCCCAUCGAAGGGGCCAUCAAAGACCGGGAAGGGGACAGGUUUACUGGGUUGAUGUGCUUUGCGGGUGCGUCUAUGCUUCUCGGAAGCUUCUGUAUGGCGACCGCUCGAGUGCUCAAGGGUGGCGCUCAACUCUGCAAGAAGAUCUAG